AUGGAACUGGUAUCACAAUUCACCGAGGACGCAUAUGCCAAGGAAGACCGCAUAUGCGAGCGGCCAGCCUGUGCAGCGAAUAUCCUGAAGGGCGACCCUUGCUUCUACAUCGCUACUAUUGAUUCCACCAAAUCAGGCCGCUUUGUCUGUGGCUCAUGCCACUCGCGCUACCGAAAGAAAGCAGCGACUACCGUAAGACCUUCUAGUCGGGGUACUGGGUUCCACACGCUGGGUCACAUGGGUCAUAGUACUGACCGAACCCCACCACUGCGCCCUCCUCCAGAUUUACAUGCAAUACGGAGAUCUGUCAACGCUGCUCAAAGGACUGCUACAAUCAAUCCCCCUCGAGUCAUUGCUACGUCACAUGGCCUUCAAGGCAGUCAGUCAGGGCCAAAUGUUGCGAUACCGACGGGAACCUCCGCAGGCCAUGGUGUGGGUUAUACCGUCAAUCAUGCGGCUUAUGCUUCUGAACGCGAACACUGGUCGAAGCUUUCAUACGUGGGAUCACUUGCAGAAACAAUCAGUCUCGAUAUUUCUGUUGUGCACGAUGCCGCCCCGAAGCGCAAAGGGAGCCGUGGUACACCGAUCGCAAAUAUCCGUGAAGGCAAAAAAGAUAUUCAUGCGCAGAUAGAUGCCCCCGGCCUCAUCAAAAUCACACUCGACACUGUUUUACCAAAGAUCCUUGCGCUCUCUCCAGAAUUUCCAUGGCGCACCUGGGAACUCGUUGUCCGGGAUGCGGGCUGGGUCGAUCUUUCAACCCAUCCAGCGAAUAGGCCGUAUUUUUACGCAGAGUGUUGGCAAGCAUCGAAGAGGGCCGGUAAGGAGUGUAAGGUAUUCAAGUCAAAGCAGUUUGCCUUGAUGGUAGUUGUCCCUGGGUCCCAGUGGCGCGAGUACGAAGAAUGGCUUGAGAAAACUGAGGAGGACAGUCGCUAUCAUCCGAGUCCACGUCUGCUUGCUCGCAAUAUCACUACAUCACCAGCGAUGGAACAACAACAAGUCGAUCUGCCCUCCAUUGAAGAGUCUUUUUCACAUUCGCUCCGAGUCGCUCGGCAUGCCACUGCAUCACCAGCGACGGAACAACUCAAUCUGCCCUCCGUUGAAGAGUCUGUUACGACCUCAAAGAGAGCACAUCAGCGCAGUGACAGCAUCUCUAUCACGACACCUUCCAACAAGUCACCACCCCACAAAAAAUUCGCAGCAGGCAGCGCCAGCCCGAGCCCCGAUCGUGAGGGCCUAAGUGAGGCACUGAGGAUUGGCGGAACUGUGAACAUGGAUGUCAGGCAAUUGUUAGAUUUACAGAACGAGAAUAUCCAAUACUACCCGAUACCCACACGCCCUCUCGCAGCCAUGCUGAAGAACCCUAAAUUCCUAUCCUAUGACAUCGAGACUGUCGAGUGCUUGACGGGUCAACUGACCAUCAAUCCAUCCAUGGCCAGCAUUUUGGGUGCUGGCGCAUUCAAAACGGCGCACCCAGGCUGGUUGACCCUGUUCGCCCCUCCCUCGUCUGGUUUCGGAUCUAAGACACGCAAUGAUGUUGCAGUCAAGCGGGCUUACUACAAGGCUUACCCACCAGGCGCUAGCAGCACAUCCCUUAAGUACAAGAUUGGCCGUUACGCUCUUCCAGACGAGGUGAAAAGACUCGUAAAAGAGGCAAAUGUUCUUUAUUGGGCUCGGUCACUUUUGCAACUCACUUACGACUUCAUCAAUCGCUCUAUGGCUAGCGCAUCUGAACCUCCACCAUUCAACAUCCCACAGGUUCGCUUUGUGGAUGCUGGUAUCGCGUUUGCAUUUGGUCCACUGCCUGCGUCCAAAGCAGCCUCAAAGUGGUCGGCAAGCUCAGCGCGUGCAGUUUAUCUUGUAGAGGAACUCAUUCCUGGCGGGAAGGACGAAUUCCUGAAAUACAUUCACAAUAUGGACGCGAAUCCAUUGCUCGACGAAUCCGACUACUGGUAUGAUCUGGCUUUAUUCUUCACGUUUACCCAACAUGUCCAGUAUGUCAAGACACGUGGUCUAGCUUUUAUUUCAGACUAUCAAGGGAGCUCCGAGCUAUUGACCGACUGUUAA